CCACUUCUUCGACAAAUACCACAAUACACAUACGCAAACUUAUAAAUCGCAAACGUCUCACAUUCACCUACGCCUGUCCAGUCCCCUCCUGUUCACUGUUCACCGUCCACCGUCCACGCGCCCCCGGCGCCCCCAACCUCAUCAUGCAAGGCUUCAACAUGGGACGCUACUACCCGCCCGACUCCUCCAACCCUCCUCGCUUCAACACCUCCAAAACCACCCCGGGGACCCUAACAAUCCGCUUCGAGCUCCCCUUCUCCGUCUGGUGCAACCACUGCACGCCCUCGACACACAUCGGACAAGGCGUGCGGUUCAACGCCGCGAAGCAAAAAGUCGGCGCCUACCACUCGACGCCGAUAUGGAGUUUCCGCAUGAAACACAGCGCGUGCGGCGGGAGCUGGGAGAUUCGCACGGACCCGCAGAACGCGGCGUACGUGUGCCACGAGGGGUGUCGACGGCGCGAAGACGGAUCCGAAGUCGUUGGGGACGGGAGGCCUGGGUUCGAGGACGGGGGUGGGGAGGGGGAGAUAAAGUUUCUGAGCGAGGAGGAGAGGCGGGCGAGGAGGGAAGAUGCGUUUAGAGGGUUUGAAGGGCGGGUUGAGGAGAAGAGGGAGGAUGGGGCGUGGAGGGAGAGGUUCGACGAGUUGUAUCGCGCCGCAGAGGUUUGGAGAGAUCCGUAUGAGGUCAAUGCCAAAUUGAGGCGCGAGAUGAGGGGGAGGAGGAAGGCGGCGAAACGGGAGGAGAGGGAGGGUGAGAGGGUCAAGGAUAAGUUUAGUCUGGGGUUGGAUGUUUUGCCGGCGGAGAGGGAGGAUGGGGUUCAGGCGAGGGCUGUGGAGUUUGGAGGUGCGAAGGCGGAGGAGUCUGUACGGCAGAUUAUGAAUAGGCCGCUUUUUGACGGUGCGGUCCUGCCGCGUCCCUCUUCUUCCUCUGGUCUUCCUUCUUCUGCCCCGGCCGUUUCGAAACUAGCAGAGUCUAUUCCUCCAUUAUCCUCAUCGUCAUCAGCCAUCACAGCCAGCCCUACUCCUCCGCAAAAUAAGAAGAACCCCCUCCUCAAAUCGGAGCAGAAGUCACAACAGACACGCACUUCGCUACAUAAAUCCCUCGUAACGAACUCGAGGGCAGCUAUCGAUCCUUUCCUGUCCCCUCACCCCUCCACUUCAGCGAUAUCGGGACAGAAACCGAGUUCUUUGGGCCUCUUGAAGCGAAAGAGGGAUGGCGAGAUCAAGGACGGGGAGUGCAAUAUAAUAGAGGAGAAGAAGGGCGAGGAAGAGGGUAUUGGGCGGAAGAAGAUUGAUGACGGUGGUGUUGAGGAGAGAGAAGUCAGCGUAGGAGGCAAAGAUUUCGAAGGUGUGAACGGGAAAGGGAGAUUAGUGGGUUAUGAAUACUUCCACAGUCUCCCACCAUUCUUCGAUUCGAUGUUGAGGAUUAGGUUUCUCGCCUUGCUUCCUCUUUUUCGGCUGGUCUUACUAUAUUCAUCGGAUGUUCUUUUGCUAGGCUGGUAUAGGGGGAGAGGAAGAAGAAAGAAGAAGAUUACAGGAAAAAAACAAGCUACCAGUGGGAGUAAUCCACAGUAUCUUCUGGACUAUAUCAAGUUGCAGCUACUAUCCUCAUUAUCGAUUCAUACCAGAGUACAUAGUACCAAUGGCAUAGCGGAUCCCCAUGUGCUAUUAUCCCCCCAUCUCAUCUUCGACAAUCUCAAUUAUUCCCAACCUCGUCUCUUUUCGCUGCAAGCGUUUGAUUUUUUUCUUGAUUCAGUUUCGUCUCCGGCUGGGAUGUGCAUGUGCAUGAACGACUUGUUGAUCUUCAUGACUUGCUUUCCAGAUAGGGGUUCUACUAGACUUUGGAUUGGGAGUUUUGAAUGGGAUUUGAGAGAACAGCAGCACGUGUAUGUGUCUAUGUAUCUAUGUGUGCAAGCGAAUCUUGGUCUUUAG